GUGCUAAAUCGACAUCUGACAGCAAAACAACGAAAACGUAAAUAUCGAACAUUGCCGAUUUUUGCAAAACCUGAUUAUCAUUAUCCCGGAAGGGAGAAAAGCCGUGUUUCCUUUUUUUUUAACCGUGUCACUCACAUUCCUCUUCUGCGCCACACGCACCUCCGCGGUUCAAUGUUUUUCGAUGCACUUACGUCGCUGAACAUUACCCAGGUGCUGUCGGACUAUCUGCUGAUUGUGAGCAACUCCGUGCGCAGGCAGUUCACGCCAGCAUCGUCGUCCUUGCCAGGUGCGGCGGCUCCACCAUCAUCACCACCAUCCCCACCGCCAGCAGCUGUCCCCGGGUACGAAGCGGGAGGUGAAAGUGUUGCUGACGGUGCGGGCGGCCCGUACGAGCUGAAUCUGCUGACCGCGGGCUGGUGCUUCCUGUGCGAAACGCUGCAGCUGGCCAGGGUUGCGCUCGGCGGCGGUGCCCGGUGGCUCGAUUUUACCGAUUUCCAGCUGUUUUUGCUGCAGAUUUUCGCGUCCCUGCUGCUGUCGCUGCUGGUGCUGAUCGCGCUAUCCUGGCGAAAGUACGGCAACCGCAUAACGAACCGCUUCAUUCGCCCGAGCACUGCUAAGGAGAUCGAGGAGCUGAAACUCUCCGUGGCCCGGCUGAACCUGCCGAAGGAGCACACGCCGCGGAUCUAAAAAGCCAAAACCCACGCAAGAUGGCCCCGAGCAAGAUAAAGAACUUUUUCCUGCGCAAGAAAGCGGAAGCGAAGCUGAAGCUCGGUGUUGCCGGCCCGG